GCCGUCUUGGCACUAGGCAGCGCUGAAGGAGGGGGGUUAGCACACACAGUAUUAGCGAAUAGUUGCGAUGUCUGGCGCACGUCCUCCUACGAGAUCUUCGUGUGUGGGGAAGCGAGUGACUUAGCUAGUCAUGUCGUAAAUUUUAUUUCCACAAACUAGUAUAUUAGCUGGCCAGCUAGCUGGCUAGUUUUAGUUAUUUUAUACAUAUCAUUUUUAAAAUGAGGCGCUACCUUCGCGUACUUCUCGUGUGUAUGAUCUUCGCGUUCUUCUCGGUCUUGUACGUGUUCAGCCAACUUGCUUCGUCCCUAGAAACGUCAAGCGGAGCGGCUGGGAGUGCAGCUCGACCCAGAGCCGUAUAUCAGCCGAGGGACCCGGGACACAGAGCCAGGAAAGGGCCGGGAAAUGAAGGCCCGGAGAACCAGCACUGGUACAACCGGUGUAAGAAUUUGUCAGUGACUUACUGGAAUCCCUAUUGGAGACUGCCCCCUGGUGUUUGUGGAUUGAACUGCUUUAUGGAUUCUGCUUUUAGGUACAUCAUGCGGAGGCGGGAUGUGACGGAGGGCGUGGUGGUGCGUGAGGAGCGCGUGCACCUGGCCGUGGUUUCCUGCGGACAGCGCCUGAACGAGACCCUCACCAUGCUCAAAUCCGCCGUCCUCUUCGGCCAACGCCCGCUUACCUUCCACAUCUUCGCCGAAGACCAGCUUCACCAGGGCUUCAGAGCGGCACUGGAGGCGUGGCCCGAGCCGUUCCGCUCCAGGUUUAACUUCACAAUCUACCCAAUCAGCUUCCCCCGCGAGAACGCCGCAGAGUGGAAGAGACUGUUCAAGCCCUGCGCCUCCCAGAGGCUGUUUCUGCCGAUCCUGCUGAAGGACGUGGACUCUCUCCUGUACGUGGACACGGACAUCCUGUUCCUGCGGCCGGUGGAGGACGUGUGGGCGUUCCUGUCACGCUUCAACUCGUCUCAGAUGGCGGCCAUGGCCCCGGAGCACGAGGACCCUCGCAUCGCCUGGUACAGCCGCUUCGCCCGCCACCCCUACCACGGCCGCACCGGCCUCAACUCCGGCGUCAUGCUCAUGAACAUGAGCCGCAUGCGCGCCAAGCUCUUCAAGAAUGAUAUGACCUCUGUGUCCCUGUCCUGGGAGGAUUUACUGAUGCCACUCCUCCAGAAAUACAAGCUGAACAUCACCUGGGGAGACCAGGACCUGCUCAACAUCAUCUUCCACCACAACCCAGAGAGCCUGUUUGUAUUCCCGUGCCAGUGGAACUUCCGGCCAGAUCACUGCAUCUACGGGAGUAACUGCGCUCCAGCGGAGGAGGAGGGCGUGUUCAUUCUCCAUGGCAACCGCGGCGUUUACCACGACGAGAAGCAGCCGGCCUUCAGGGCCAUGUAUGACGCCAUCAACCAGUACGUGUUUGGAGCAGACCCCCUGCAGACGUUGCUGUUCCCCCUGGAGGAGCGCCUGCAGGGCACCACACACACAUACUGCGGCAGGGCCCGACACCUCCUCACCAAGAGACUGCAGCUCAGCGUGCAGAGCCUGAGGGCCCGCGGCCCCGGCACCCCCGCCAGGAGGUGAUCCACUCUGCUGCAGCUACAGACCCCUGAGCCCCCGGCACUACAGACCCCUGCAGCUACAGACCCCUGAGCCUAACGGGGCUACAGACACCUGCAGCUACAGACCCUCUGAGCCCCCGGCACUACAGACCCCUGCAGCUACAGACCCCUGAGCCUAACGGGGCUACAGACACCUGCAGCUACAGACACCCUGAGCCCACCGGGGCUACAGACACCUGCAGCUACAGACACCCUGAGCUACAGACCCCUGAGCCUCACGGGGCUACAGACACCUGCAGCUACAGACCCCUGAGCCUAACGGGGCUACAGACACCUGCAGCUACAGACCCCCUGAGCCCACCGGGGCUACAGACACCUUGAGCUACAGACACCCUGAGCCCACCGGGGCUACAGACACCUGGAGCUACAGACCACCUGAGUCCACCGGGGCUACAGACACCUGCAGCUACAGACCCCCUGAGCCAACCGGAGCUACAGACACCUUGAGCUACAGACACCCUGAGUCCACCGGAGCUACAGACAUCCACAGCCUCUGAGCUACAGUCACCCUGGCCUACAGACACAGAAUCUCAGAUACAAACUCCAAGUCAAUCCUACAGACACUAACGGACUCAGGGUAAGAGCCACAGCCAGUGACCGUCUGAAAGUUAAGAACACAAGGCUUGGAGCUAAAGACAGUAAUUGACAGUUUGACAGAUCUAGACACUGACUAAGACUUAGAACUACUGACACUGACUGAGCCUCAGAGCUGAAUAACAGGGUUUAAGGCCUACACACGGACUGACCACCUGAGUUACAGAUAUUAGGACAUACAACUGUAGACAGUUCCUGAGGCUUAUAGCCACAAACACUCAGAUUGACAGUCUGAUUUACAGACACUGAAGGACUGACUUGACACUGACUGACUUGGCCUCAGACUUACAG